CUCUUGGUCGCCAAAACAUUAGCAGCCGUGUUAUCCGGAUCAUUAGCGGUUAUUUCGUCUGUUUUGGACUCAGCAGUGGAUUUAGUUUCCGGGAUUUUGUUGUGGAUCAGCAGUCGAGCCAUCAAGAAAACCGACAUAAGUGUUUAUCCGAGAGGCCGCGGUCGAUUAGAACCGGUUUCCAUUGUGGUCCUGGCGGUCAUCAUGAGUUUGGCCAGUUGUCAGGUGGUCGUCAACUCUAUAAAAACCAUCCUCACCUAUGUCAAUUAUGAUCUGCACUGUAGUUUGCUGCCCACAAUUCUCAUCUGCUUGCUCACGAUUGUCAUAAAGUUCGUGAUGUACGUCGUCUGCAGACGAAUGUCUAAUGUGACGAUACAGGCUCUUGCGCAGGACCACAGAAAUGACGUCAUCUCAAAUACUGUAGCGCUCUCUUUUGGUUUCAUGGGUUACAAGUUGCUCAAGUACAUAGACCCAACAGGCGCCAUUUUGAUUUCACUCUACGUCAUCAUUACGUGGUCACUGACGGCUAUGGAGCAGAUCAAAGUGAUCACGGGUUACACGGCUGACCCCACCCUUCUAAACGCGUUCACCUGGUUCAUCGUCAGACACCACCCAGACAUCAAGUACAUUGAUGACAUCAGAGCAUUUCACCAAUCGGCUGAGGGUUUCAUAGUUGAGGCUGACAUCAUACUUCCGUCAAACAUGGGCCUCAAAGAGUCACAUGACAUUGGCGAGAAUUUGAAAAAACGCUUGGAGAGGUUACCAGAAGUUGAAAGGGCCUUCGUGCACGUGGACUAUGCUUGCAAUAAAUAUAACAUCAACCCCAACCUCAUGAUGAAUAGUUACUUGUGA